GACACUUGGCAGCCUGGGACUCUGGGAACAUGAUUUCAAAUAACAACUCCAGUUGUUCACAACAAACUAAGUUUAAUCUUGUUCAAGUGAAGGGAACAUGGAUUCGACAAAGUGACCAGUUCCAGCUGGCAGAGGGAAAGUUAUCAGAUGCUAAAAUCUAUGAGAACAAGUCAGAACAUGGGGUUUCCUGGACAGUGGUCAGCCCUGUUGUGUUCACCUACAGAGUUAUUCAGUGCAAAAACAUACUGGAUCCCACGAAUGACACACUGCUCUGGGGUCACUUAGGAGAAGAAGAACUUAAACACACCUUAAGUAACUGCAAACCACCGAAGCGAUUUGUUGUCAUUGAUGAAAAUGUCAAUAAGCUGUAUGGCUCCCAGGUUUCUCAGUACUUUAAAGCCAGAGGGGUCGUUUACAAGAUUCUCCCUCUGCCCACCACUGAAGAGAACAAGUGUAUGGAGUUAGUGACCAAGAUCCUGGAGGAAGUUCAUGAGUUUGGUAUCGACAGACGCUCCGAGCCAAUCGUAGCCAUCGGCGGUGGAGUUUGUCUGGAUGUGGUGGGCUUGGCGGCAUCUCUCUAUCGCCGAAGGACCCCGUAUAUUCGAGUGCCGACCACUCUACUUUCUUAUAUCGACGCAAGUGUAGGGGCAAAAACAGGAGUCAACUUUGCUGGCGGGAAAAACAAGCUGGGAAGUUAUGUCCCACCAGUGGCAGCCUUCUUAGACUGCUCAUUCUUCCAAACUCUCCCACCACGUCAGAUCUCUAAUGGGAUGGCAGAGAUGUUAAAGAUGGCUCUGAUGAAGCACCGGGGCCUGUUUGAGUUGAUGGAGACUGAGGGCAGGAAACUGCUGCAUACCAAGCUGCAGGUUUGCAAGACCAGGCCUGAACAGGAAGACAGCGCCACAGCCAUCAUCCGCAUCGCUAUAGAAACAAUGCUUGAGGAACUGGCUCCUAACUUGUGGGAGGAUGAUCUGGACAGGCUGGUGGAUUUUGGUCACCUCAUCAGCCCAGAGUUAGAAAUGAGAAUAUUGCCAGCACUGCUUCACGGAGAGGCAGUCAACAUCGAUAUGUCCUUCAUGGUAUAUGUGGCCGUCCAAAAGGGACUUCUCACAGUAGAUGAGAAGAAUCGUAUUAUCCAAUGCAUGCUGAGUCUGGAGCUUCCUGUGUGGCACCAGGACUGCACUCUGGAGCUGGUGCAGAAAUCCCUUAAGGAGCGUCUGAAGCACUCUGCUGGCUCUCUGAGGAUGCCUCUUCCCACAGGAUUGGGAACUGCAGAAAUCUUUCAUGGUAUGAUUGGUGAUGGAAUUCUUUGCCAAGCCCACAAGAAAUGGACUGAUGAGCUUUCUUCAUCAGGAGACAAAUGAAUUUUACAUGACAAUAUGGACAGUAUAGACAUGAUAUAGAUACACAACUGCUGCUGAUUUCUCAAUUGCAUGUCCACCACAUCCCCAAAGGAGGGCUACAGGACUGAGAUCUUAAGAUAAGAUAAGAUAAGAUAAGAUAAGAUAAGAUAAGAUAAGAU